ACACUGAAAAAUUCACUCUCACUCUCUCUCUCUCCCAAAACCCAAAAAACACAAACUUUCGCUUCAGAGAAUCUCUGCACACAAAACACAGAUAAAACUCCAAAAAUCCCUCCUUUCCAUCUUCUCUCUCUCUCUCUCACUUUCUACAAAAUCUAACACCAACCCAACCCACUUCACAAUCUCUCAUACCCAUCUAAAUCCAACCCAUGGAGAUCCCAGCAAAACUCCUCCAGUACAAGUUCCAGUUCCUCUUUGCUCUCAUUCUAUCAGUCACACUCAUCGCCCUCUUCUUCUUAGCACCAAGGUUCCUCACCAUCUUGGCUUACUUUUGGCCUCUCUUCCUCUCCACCGCUCUCUUUCUCUUCGCUGUGCUUGUGUUUGGCAAGACAUCGCCACCGUCUACCGACGCUCCCGGUGGCAAGGCCGGUGAAGGGCUCCUUGAUUACGUCGCUGGGCAACCGGAACAUUCGGAAGUAGAGAGUUUCAAGUCCGAGGAGUAGUGCCCACAGGCCCAAAAUAAACCAUGUACUAUUAGUUAAUCUCAAAACUUUUAUGUAAUUUCUAACUUUUGUUUUUUGUUUUGUUUCACUUUGUUUUAUUAAUGACAUUUGGACCCUCUUUUUUUUU